ACCUCCUAAACAGCAAAGUUUGGGAGUUGCGAACCGACAUUCAAAGAACGAUCAUCGCCGCGAAGAACUGAGCGGUGAUGAUGAAGCUCCCUAGCUCCUCUGUUUCUGUGCUAUUGCUUGGUGCUCUCCUUAUUCUCUGUGGUUUGUCUGAAUUUGGUUAUUGCACCAGAGGUGACAAAUUCAUUGGGAUGAAAUUAGGAGGGGUUCACGAUAUCGACGGCGCUCGUAACAGCGUCGAGAUCGACAACCUUGCUCGUUUCGCCAUUGAAGAGCACAACAAGGAAGAGAAAUCGGUGGGCGAUCGUGUCCUAGCCUGCCAGAAUUCGCUUCUUGAGUUUGCCCGGGUCUUGGAAGCCAAAGAACAGGUGGUAGCUGGAAAGUCAUACCUCCUUACAAUGGAAGCAAGUGAUGCGGGAAAAAGGGAAAUAUACGAAGCUAAAGUCUGGGUGAAGCCAUGGAUGAACUACAAGCAGUUGAAGGAAUUCAAGCAUGUUCGAGACGUCUCUCCCUUUACAACUUCAGAUCUUGGUGUUAAACUAGGUUGUUAAAGAUGAUGUCAAAUUUAACUUGAUUCUGAAGAUUAGGAGGGGAAUUGGAAAAGAGAGGUUCCGCAUCGUAGUAAAUAAGCAGCUAGGAGGAGGAAAGUUUUAUUUGAGCCAGAUGCAACAAGAUCAGUCCCGAAUGGAUUAUGACUUGCAUUGAAUCCGUUUGAAUGAUGCUCUUCCUCUUCCUCUAAGCACGAAAUUGAAAACUGUCUUUUAUCAUUAAAAGGGAAGAGAAGUAAAAUUGUCUUUAAUGUU